GCCAGUGAAAAAACGGUGGGGAAACUCGGCUUAGAAAAAAAAAACAUCUUCGCAAUUGAUCUUUUCCCUGUAGUGCCCAAAGAACCAUAACAUACACGACCCUGCAGCACAGUCGAUUGGUGCCCGGGCAGCAUGAGCAAGCUCGACUACUGCUUCAGCAAUGACUACAUGGUGCUGCGCCCGGACAGGGCCAGCCCGUUCGACCUCCUGCACCUCCUCUUCUCGCCCAAGGUCGGCCGGAACAAGGCCGUCGACUGCUUCACCAGCACCGAGAUCCGCAGCUUCCCCCGCCGGCUCGCCCUCUUCCUCAACCUCCUCCUGCAGAUCCUCCUCCUCUCGCUCGCCGGCCCCGUGGCCGCCAUCGGCGCCGCCGUCGAGCUCGCGCUCAACUUCGUCGACAACGUCCUCCACGGGAAGAUGGAGUAUCCGGACAGAUCGUCGGCGUCAUACCGGUCGCUGACGGGGCUCAUCGACCGGCGAGUCGAUCUUGACAGGAGCAUCGCGCCGGCGGACAGCCGGCACCACGCCGCGCUGUGCGUCAUGGCAUCCAAGGUGGCGUACGAGAACGAGGCUUUCAUUCGCGACGUGGUCACCCGCCGCUGGCAGAUGGAGUUCGUCAAGUUCUACAACUGCUGGAACGAGUUCGAGAGCGCGUACACGGCGCAGGCGUUCGUGUUCUGCGACAAGGCGGGGCCGGACGCGGAGCUGGUAGUGGUGGCGUUCCGGGGGACGCCGGCGUUCGACGCGGCGCGGUGGCGCGCCGACCUGGACCCGUCGUGGUACAAGGUGCCGCGGCUCGGGCGCGCGCACGCCGCCUACACGCACGCGCUGGGCGCGCAGCGCAACAUGGGGUGGCCCAAGUGGGUGGAGCACAUCAAGGGCAAGCCCCAGAAGGUGUACGCGUACUACACCAUCCGCGACGCCGUCAAGGGGCUCCUGGAGGCGAGCCCGAAGGCGAGGCUGCUGGUGACCGGGCACGGGAGCGGCGGCGCGCUGGCCGUGCUGUUCGCGACGGUCAUGGCGUACCACCGGGAGAAGGCGGUGAUGGACCGGCUGGCCGGGGUGUACACGUUCGGGCAGCCGCAGGUGGGCGACGCCAUGCUCGCCAUGUUCGCGGAGCGGAACCUGGACAGGCCCAAGAAGCGGCACUUCCGGUUCACCUACGCCGGCGACCCGCUGCCGCGGCUGCCCGGCGUCGGAUCCCCCGCCCAUUUCCUGCACUUCGGGCUCUGCCUCCACUUCGACGUUUCCUACAACCUCAAGGUGUUCACGGAGAUACCGGGCGAGACGGCGAGCCCUUCGUCGUCGGCGGCGGGGUUCGUGGCGAGCCGGGUGAACGCGGCGCGGGAGCUGGCGCGGAGCGCGUACCUGGGAUACCGGAGGGGCGGCUACUUCCGGGAAGGGUGGGAGCUGCUGCUGAUGCGCGUGCUGGCGGUGCCGCUGCCCGGCCUGCCGUUCCACAGGGCGCACGACUACGUCAACGGCGUCGCGCUCGCCGCGCGCAUUCCCAAGGACGAGUGACGGAUGCGCGUGCCAUGGCCUUGACUACUAUGAUGAUGGAUGAUGCACCCGUAUGUGUCCAUGCCCGUAGCGUGCAGAGAUGUUCAGUUCUGUAUCCUCCAGCAGUGGCAUCAACUGCACCUUACGUACUACUACUAGUUCUGUGAUCUUGCUAAUGUGCGUGUGAGUACCAGUGCGUGUGUUGAGCUGUAUGAACACUUGUUAUGCCUGUGAAGUGAAUAAGAAGUUCAAUGAAGUAUGUGCAGAUUAUUUGGCA